AUGGUUGUUGCAGCACCUGUAUCUAAAAAGGCUAUUAGAUGGACGGGUUUAGCAUAUGGUUCUGGGAUUAAUGUUACUGCUGCAUGCGGUAAGGUGAUCUUGAUAACAGAAGGUCGUUCACAGGCUAUACUAGAAGUUAAGGUUGCAGUGAUCACUAGAGGUGCUGCAGGCAUUGGUAAAACUACUGCCAUAUUGUUCAGCCAGCAAGGUUGUAAGGUAGUUAUUGCUGACAUCCAAGAUGACUUGGGCCACUCUGUCUGGAACGAAAUUGGCCCAGAAACAUCCUUAUUCGUGCAUUGCGAUGUAACCAAAGCAGAUGAUGUGAAGAACGCUGUAGACAAGGCUGUUUCAAGAUUUGGAAAGCUUGACAUAAUGUUCAAAAAUGCCGGGAUCAUUGAUCCAUCAAAAGUAAGGACAACAGAUAAUGAAAUCGCCGACUUUGAAAGGGUCCUCGCCGUUAAUGUCACCGGUGUCUUCUUAGGCAAAAAACAUGCAGCCCGUGUCAUUUUACCAGGAAAACAAUGCAGCAUCAUUAACAAUGGGAGUAUCAGUUCAGUCAUGGGAGGGUUAGUCUCUCAUGCUUAUGUAGCUUCAAAGCAUACGGUAGUAGGCCUCACAAAGAUUGCAGCAGCAGAGCUAGGUCGGCUUGGGAUAAGAGUUAAUUGUAUUUCAGCAUCAGCUACUGCAUCACCUCUUGCUAGGAAUAUCUUUGAGUCUGAUGAUGAUGAGAUUGAAAGGAGGUUUACAGGGAUGAAUAGUCUCAAAGGAGUUACCUUGAUUGCACAAGAUACUGCUGUGGCUGCAAUUUAUUUUGGGAGUGAUGAAUCAAGAUGUGUGAGUGGGCAUAAUUUUGUCAUUGAUGGAGGAUUUACUGUUGCAAAUACCAGUUUUAGUAUUUUCAACCAGCUAGAAAAAAUAAAACUGACGCAAGGGUCAUGUUGCCUUUCAGGAGAUCCUCUUUCCAAAAAUAAUAUAAAACCAUGGAAAAAUUCUUUGGUGUAUAAUGUAGCUAAGGUUCUUAUAUUACUGCCGCUGAAUAUGUACUUUUGA